AUGCCGAGGCGGCUCCUGGAGGGCGCCAUGGCGCUGGCGGUGGCGCCGGACGCCGCCAACUCGUCGGGCUCCGGCGCCGCCCCCGGGUCCGGGUCGGGGCCCCUGUGGUGGGUGUCCGACUGCCACGGGGCCUGGUACAGCCUGGCGGUGAUGCUGCCGUCGCUGGCCUUCGUCGGGUUCCUGGCCUGGCAGGCCCGCCGCAGCUUCCGCCGCCUCAGCUACGGCCGCUCCCACGUCGUCGUCGUUGCCUACUACGCGCUCCUCUGGGCCGUCGCCCUCCUCAACCUCCUCUGGUGCUUCCUCCAGGCGUGGCAGUGUAUGCCUGAUAGGGCCUUCUCAUGGAAUGUGUUUUCAUUGUUUACCAAAUCUGGAAUGUUAUUCUUGGAAGUUAGUCUUAUAGCAUUUCUACUUCAAGGAAAUGAAGCCAGUGGUUAUGAGUCUUUGGGACGUACCUUUGUUAUCUCUGGUGCUGUAGUCAGUGCUGAUGUAUUGCUCAAGACCAUAUAUGUAUUUGGCUUUGGUGUUCCUUUGUUUAUCGAUGCUGACCAAGGAACUGGUGGGAAAUGGGGCCUAUGGAUUCUCCACAAAUUGGUGCUUACAGGAGUUUAUGGCUUGAUUGUUUUCAUGCAUCACUCGAGGUGGAAAGACAGGCUACCUGCAAAACCAGCAUAUUACCAGUAUGUGUGUGCAAUGCUGGCACUUAACGGCCUAUCGCUGUUUGGCUGUUUCCUCAUUGCAUGUGGAGCUGGAUUUGGUUUAUGGCUGUAUAACCUCACUACUGUCUGUUACCACGCGCUUUACCUUCCACUUCUGUAUGUGACUUUCUUAGCAGACUUUUUCCAGGAGGAAGAUAUGCUUCUAGAGAACGUAUACUACUCCGAGAUGAAAGACGCUGGGUUCUUUGACGCUGACUGGGAUUAA